UUUUAAUAAAGCUAAUGUGUAGUAGUGUACAUAUAAUUGUAGCAAAAAUGUGGCGAUUUUUUUGCUUGCUUCUAUUAAUUAUAGGGACAGUACAGUGCGAUGAAAAUGAUGAUUUUGAGACAUUCAAACAAGGACUCGAAGAAUAUUUUAAGACCAAAACUAUCCCAAAUUAUUUGCUAAACCUCACGGAAAAUUUUAACUUUAAACACCUCUUCCGCCAGGCAAGCAAACUAAAAAUCAAGGAUGCUAUAAUUUGCAAAGCUUGUAAUUUAGCAAUGAACGGUUUACUCACAGAAAAAAAAACUGGGAGCGACGAAAAAAAAUGCUGCAAUUAAUGAAUAGUGAAUUGUGCACUUUAUUUCGUAUAGAAAGUAGAAAAGUUUGUUAUGGUUUUGUAGCACGUAACGCGGACCCUGUUUGGUAUAUUACAAACCACAAAAAAGAUUUAGACGGGCAAAGAAUUUGCGCUGCACUAUUACAAAAUAGAAAUUGUCCGAAAGGUGAUAAUUUUGAAUGGGAGAUAGAAAUACCCGAAGGACACACUGUUGAUAAAAAAGAGCCAAGCGUUGACUCAGGAAACUUCAACAUCCUCCACCUAUCCGAUUUUCACUACGAUCCAAUGUACACACCGGGUAAAAACGUUGCAUGCGAAGAUGCCUUGUGUUGCCAAUCCGAUUCUGAUGACCCCAAAGAUAGUUCUGAUGCUUGUGGGUAUUGGACGGAAUAUAAAAACGCCGAUAUACCCUGGCACACUGUUGAGGAACUUUUAAAGCAAGUAAAGAAUCAUGAUUUUGACUUUGUAUAUUUUACUGGGGACAUAAUAAGUCAUAGAGUGUGGUCUACCUCUAUAGAAUCCAACACUCAAGCUAUCAAAGAAGUUUAUCAGUUAUUUAGAGACAAAUUUUCGGUGCCAGUUUUUUCCAAUUCUGGAUUUUCUACAGAUGUAACAGAUCCAAACAUAUCCACAAGUUGGUUAUUCAAUUUGGUGGCCGAGGAAUGGUCCUCGUGGUUACCGAAAAGUGCUCUAGAAACAAUUAGGGAUGGAGGUUACUAUACUGUAUCCCCUAGGCCGGGUUUUAGAAUUAUAGUAUUAAAUAGUAACGUUUGUUUCACUUUGAAUUGGUGGCUUAUCUACGACGAUUUUGACCCGUACAAUCAACUAAGUUGGUUAGCAAAAACUUUACUUGAAAGCGAGCAAAAUGGCGAGUCAGUGCAUAUAUUAUCUCACGUACCUAGCGGUGACGGUUCUUGUUUACAAGUUUGGAGUAGGGAGUUCAAUAAGAUUGUGCAAAGAUUUGCAAACACUAUUACUGGUCACUUUAAUGGACAUACACAUAUGGAUGAAUUUCAGGUUUUCUUUAACCAAUCCAACCCCUCUGAAGCUGUCAAUGUGGCCUAUAAUGGAGCUUCGUUGGUAACUUGGGAUGAUUCAAACCCAAGCUACAAGGUUAUUGAAGUUAACAAUGAAACCUACACCCUUAACGAUAUAGUUGAAUGGACUUUCAACCUAACAGAAGCAAAUUUAAGUCCGGAAAUAAGCCCCAAUUGGUACAAACUCUAUUCAUUCAAACAGGCCUAUAACCUAGCGGAUUUAAAACCAAAAACAGUAGGAAAUUUGCUGUAUACGAUGGCUAAAAAUCACACUUUACUCGAGCAGUUUAAUAACUUCAGAUUUAGGAACUCAGACAACAAACAAACGUGUGAUCAAAAGUGCCAAAGAGAUGUCCUUUGUGUAGUUUCAGUCACAUUAUUUGGAAAUAAUGAUAAAUGUAAUGAACUACAAAACAUUUUCGAUGAAAAUCUGUAAAAGUCAUAAUAUUACUGUGUAAAUAAAAAAUGAUUGUAAAUUAUAAAUAAACGAAAAUAAUAAA